AUGGCGGCGGCGGCGGCGGAGGAGGUGCGGACCAACAUCCAGAUGUUGCUGGAGGCGGCGGACUACCUGGAGCGCCGGGAGCGAGAAGCGGAGCACGGCUACGCCUCCAUCUUACCGUUCGACGGCAAGGCCGGGGCCGCCUUCAAGCGGAGGAGCAAGUCCAAGACCAACAGCAGCAUUAACAGGUCGACUCACAAUGAAAUGGAAAAGAACCGACGGGCCCACCUCCGCUUGUGCCUGGAUAAAUUGAAGGGACUGGUGCCCCUGGGGCCGGAAGCCAGCCGUCAUACGACGUUGAGUCUACUCACCAAAGCCAAGAUGCACAUCAAGAAACUGGAAGAUUGCGACCGCAAAGCAGUGCACCAGAUAGACCAGCUGCAACGGGAGCAGCGACACCUGAAGAGGCAGCUGGAGAGGAUAAGGACCAACAGCCUCGGCUCCACCAUCUUUUCGGAGCGCUCCGACUCGGACCGAGAAGAAAUGGACGUGGACGUUGAAAGCACAGACGACUACCUCACGACGGGCGAGCUGGACUGGAGCUGCAGCAGUGUGAGUGAUUCCGAUGAAAGGGGCAGCCUGCAGAGCCUCUAUAGCGAUGAGGGCUACUCUAGCUCUAGCGUUAAGAGAAUAAACCUCCAGGACGAUCACAAGACGUGCCUCGGCCUAUAAGAGGCAGCCCCGGAGCCGGGCCCACCACCUCUCGGGGUCUCCUCCCCCCGUCGGACCUCGCUAGGUAGCGGGCACGUUUACCGCCUUCCCGCCCCAAAAGCCGUUCUGGCCGGGUUUCCCAGCAGCGCGCGAGGUUGCGGGUUACUGCCGAGCUACUCUUUGGAGGACACGCGUCUGAUCCCAUCCACUAGCUUCUCUGUCUCUCUCUCGGUGUCUCUUUCUCCCUCCAUCUCUCGCCCUCCAUCACUUGUCCCCAGGAGACUGUCCAUUCCAUCCCCCCUCCGUCCGAGAGCUUCCCGCCAAAUCUCAGCCAGGUCCCUGACCUCCUCCUCCUGUUUUUCUGUCCGUGCCUCUCACCUAGCCACCGGGUCCAAGCCGGGCCUACUCUGUGAAACCUGAAGGAAUCAAACCACUUCUGUUUUGGGGUAUUUUUCGUCCCCCACCCCACCCUUCUUCUCUUUUUUUUUUUCUGCUUUCAAACGGGUUGAAACCCAGAGCUUAAAAACCCCGAAGCCAGCUUUGACGGCCGCGUUUUCACUUAGCCACGUGCCGGCCCGGGCACUGGGUUUUCCCUGGGAAUUUGCAGAAGCCAGUCCCCACCCCAAGCCGCACUCCACCCAACUUUCACCUCCAGGGGAACCGCCAGUCACUUCCUCCAGAGCCGGGUCCUGGAGGGGGUCUCCAGGGGCCCGGCGCCCCGACCCCCUGUCCUCAGCCUCCUCCUCACAAGUCAGGCGGUCCCCCCCCAACUCCAACCCGGUGGGUCAGAGACCCCGCUCCCCAUCCGUUCUCCGCCUCUGAGACGAAGAAAUCCCCUCCACCCGCUUCCCCUCAACACAGAGCUCACGCGGCGGUUGAUCCGAUCGAUUCGGGCCUGUGUUUUUUACCAGGAAACGUAGCAAAAAACGGAGCUGGGAAGUUACCUUCGCGCUCCCCACCUCCUCAGAGGCCUAGCCCCCUCUCCCUCUCUCCCUGCUUCUCCUUCUAAUGUCAAAAAGGACACCAGGGUCAGCUCUUUGGGGCUAUUGCAACUCGACAGAGCACUUACUAGGAAGGAAAGCUGGCCUUCACCUGGUUGAAUAUGUUUUGUUUUUUUUUGACGAUUAUUAUUUUUGUUAUUCUUUUUUUUUUAUUAUGUCCCCCCCUGCCCUCAAACCGCGUUUAUGGUUUGCCGAUCUAGAAGCCCGAUUUUACAUUUGGCUCCGGCUCCGCCCCGCCAUCCCUUCUCGUAGCAUUUUUAUCCAAGCAACACAGAGCACACGGUUCUGUACAUAAAAGCCCCGAAUCUAUAAAUACUGUUUAUUCAUUUUUAUAUAAAAGAAUGCAGCGGAGACAACUUCUUACGACUCUGCGCUUUUAUAGAUGUUUCGGAACUUUGUACGUAAGAUUUCGCCCCCACCCCGCCCACCGAAGCGGCUCUGUUGUAUCCGCCCGAUAUCCACCCGGCCCGAUUGUUUUUCGACCUCUUUUGAGGUGUGGCCAUUCGGACGGAUCCCUUCCUUGGAAUUGAUACAUUCCGUGAUGGAGAAAUGGGCACAGAGCGAGUCGAGCAUCCCUAAGGUCCAGCUGAGAAGCGGCCACUUCACAUAGAAGGCUACCAGAGCUCAGAGGUCGGGGGCUUAUUGACGUGUGCUUUCCUGCUGCCCGGCGGUCUUUAAAAUACACACGUGUGUGUGUGCAGAUGUGUAUUCACGUCCGCACGCGUGCACCCCCCAUUCACUCAAACAUUCAAUGGUCAGCAGCCUAAAUAAAAAACUAGAUUUCCUUUCUUUAGCUCCUUUUGGAUUUUUUCGAUGAGACUAACUUUUAAGAGAUGGGAAUCGGGCUGGUGGAUUUCUUAGAACUCCAAAACCUUCUCUCUUUCUCCUGCGCUCUCUCUCUCUCUCGCUUUGUUUUUGGGUUUUUUUUUCGUGUGUUUUGGGGGGGAAAAGAAGGAAUUUUGUGUUUGUUUGUUUUUAAAUGGCUGGGAUUUUUCCGAUAACCAGCAGAAGAUUUGCACUGAAAUUACAACGUGUAUAUGCCUUGGCGAUUUUUAGCCUGCUCUUUGAGUCCAAACAGAAAAGUAGUCUUCAGAGAGCUAGCUCAGCCUGUAAGGUGGCUGGAAAAAAUAAAUAUACGCGCACUUUGAGGUCUGUACUCAGAUGCAUUUUGAGAGGCCUCGCAAGCUUUUUUUUUUCUCCCAUUGUUAAUUAAAUGUUACAUUAAGGAUUCUCACAAGUCCUGAGCUACAGUUGCGAUUGCCUGGUUUAAGGCAACGGAGGAGCUUCGGAUCUGGGGACAGCUUGUGGGUGUGAAUUGGGAGAGGGAAAGGGAGAGAAAAUGUGUACUUGUCUGUUUAAUUUAGAAACGAGAAGUCUGAAAGACUCAAAUCUUUUCUGUAAUUUGAUUGUCAUGCAUCUUUGAGUUCAACUCCAUCUUUGUCUCUUUGGUUGAAAUAUCAAAUGUGUUUUGCCCCGCUAUAUAAAACCGUGAUUAUUUGA